AUGGCCGCGGCCUUACGGAACCUAUUGGUGGAUUAUAUUCAGCAAAGGAACAUGCACGGACAGCACCAACCAUAUCAGAAAGCAAUAUGGGAUGACAUAAAGCAAUUGUUCGACGACUUCACAAGGACUAUACAACAACCGGAUGACACCUUCGCUAAGGCCACAUGUGAAGCGGGCGAAAAAGAGAAAAAAAUACAAGCAAAGGAGAUGAAUAUGUGCCGGAUGGUAGUGAGCAUAUUACUAUACAUGAGCCAUGGUGACACGCACGCAGAACUGCAAAAGAGGGCACAUGAACACGACACAGAGUUAAAAGCAUGUAUUAGAACUAUUAUCGGAACUGUGACUAUACAGCACUUAUUGAAAAGAUAUUGCAACGCAGAUGAGGUAGUCCAGUCUGCUGUCAGCAUGGUCAAUAUGAUGGACGAAGAUAUUGGCCCAGGGGUGGUGAAUAAUACAGGGUGCCCGGGCUUGAAGGUGCAAGGAUUAGCGAUAGGUGGAAAGGAUGUGACCAGUACAAUAGGACAAUGGAUAUUGCAGGGAAACAUUCUGGACGGUGGCACAGGCCACGUGGAUUGGAAUGCCGGCUGCGGGGACGCGACUAGUACCAAGAAACCUCUCACCAGCAUAGAAAGCUUGAGCGCCCUCCAGACUAUAGUGGUACAGCACGCGCAGCAAUUGCAGGUGCAGGCCAGGGACAUUACGGACAGUAUUCAGAAGACACCGAAUGGUGCGCCAGACAGCAAGGACAAUAAGGGAGCAGCAACACCAUCAACGGACACGUCAGCAUCAGACCAGAGCAACAAGACAGGCCAGGACUCCUCUCCGAAGGCUUCAGGGAAAGAAAAAGCAAGUAACGGACCACAGGGAACAGGCACCACACCAUCAGGAACAUCAGCAGAUACAUCAAACCUGGGAAGGGCAGAUGUCACACCUGGACGAAAGGACGGGGGUUCCCAACCACAAGCACCUGCAUCCCCAGUCUUACCAGCAGCACCACCACCUCCUGCUCCACCACCAGAACCGGCACCAGAAGAAGGGAAAAACGGAGCACAAGGUGAUGCAGCACCGGCACCACCAGCAGGAGCAGAACUAGGGCGCAAGGGUGAUGCAGGACCAGCUGGUCCACAGGGAGAAACUGGAGCAGAGGGUGAAGCAGGUCCAACCGGACCACAGGCGGAUCCCGCAUCAGGGGCAGCUGCGGGACCCGUACAACCACCCCGACCUGCGCCACCACCAGGCCGGCCUAGUGGAACAGAGGAUCAAGCAACCACAUCACCACUACCCGCAGCUCCACAGCCGCCUAAGAAGGACGACACUACCCCAGUUACAGCACCGGCAGCAACAUCUCCAGGUAAGGCGACAUGUCCUGGUAGUAACGGCCCAUCUCCAGGUGUCUCCAUUAGUUGUGAGACUACCUCGGAUGAGGUAUUAGGCAUGACACCAGAAGUCACAAAACUCCUGGCGCAGGACGAGAAGGAGCGGGCAAAGGCACCCAUUAGUCCUAACCCAAGUUCAGAGACAGGACCUGCAGUAAACGUGCCUGAACCACAACCAGCACCAAAAGACCCUGAGCCAGAUAAAGCGCAACGACCCUGCAGUCCAGAUGAUUUCGACCUCUCCAGUAGCUUCGGCGGGGGUACCCCCACGCAUUGUACGAAGGGUGCCAGUAGUACCUCUUCCUCAGACAGCACUUCUUCAUGUAGUGGUACUAAGAGUAAGGAGGCUGUUGCAGGGGGUGGUAGUACUGCAGGAGGCCCCAAUGCCAUUACUGGGGGCACACAGGAUGGUCAUACGUCGCGUUCCGCGCAACCUGCACCGUUCCCUUUCGACCCAGUAAAUAUAUUUACACAGGACAUAGAAAAUGUCGCAGGAGGAUUCGUACCACCGGUUCCAGCACAUGGAACAGUGCGUUCAUCGAAUAACAACCAAGGUCCCGGACACUAUUUUGCGUACCUCGCCAAACGACGACGAACGUAUCGAAUCGUUCGUGACGUUCCGUCACCGCCACUCGACGAAGAAAUUCUACAGCAUCUACAACGUGGCCACCUGCCGCCACCCGAUUACGGGUACACGAUGAUUAGGGAUAGGCAGCCCGGCAGAUUGCCCGCCGCCCCACGCCGCGGACAACGCCCACCCCGCGUGCAUAAGCGCACCAUCAUCGAGCUACACUUAGCAGUGCUCCACGAAUGUGAAGCAGCCGAGUGGGAUACGGUGCAAGAGCACUAUUGGCAGAUUGUCGUGGAGGAGUUUGCGCAGGAGUUGAUGCGAGACGAGGAAACGAAGAACAAUAUCUUGGGUGUUUCCACCGCAGACCAUGGUUCUCCACGCACCAAUGUUCUAUCCACCGUGGAUCCACCCACUGACUUCGACGGAACGAACCCAUGUCCACCUAACGACCAGGACACCAAUCCAUGGAAGUGUAUGGAACCUAUACAGUUAGCAACGGGCCCUUGUCCACCGAAUGAAGAGGACCCCGAUACAUGGAGUUGUAUGGAACCCAUACAGUUAGCAACGGAACCUUGUCCACCGAAUGAACACGACCCAUGGAGUUGUAUGGAAACCAUACAGUUAGCAAUGGACCCUUGUCGACCUAAGGAAGAGGACCCAGAUCCAUGGAGUUGUAUGGAAACUAUACAGUUAGCAAUGGACCCUUGUGCACCGUAUGACUGCGCUUCAUGCAGUUGUAUGGAAACCAUGCAGUUAGCAAAGGACCCUUCUGCAUCUAACGCCGAUGACCGAUGGAAUUGUAUGGAAACUAUACAGUUAGAAGAGGAACAGCGUCGUGCUCAUUCCGACCCCUGGAAUGAACACGCAACCCCCAACUUGCACACGUACUGGAUCCCUUGGAUUGACCGCAAGAAGCAUCUAGUGCAGCAGUGCACGACGCAGCCGUGGUUGCUGCAGCUAACGUUGGCAUGGAAACAAUACCUGCGUGAUCACAUGGUGGCAGACGCAGCAUCCGGUGAGCACAGGACAGCCGCAACCAUGGACAGCAAGAAGCACGCAUGGAAACAGUGGAUAGCGCAACAACAUCGGCAAAUGAGUGUGUACAGGGAACAGGAGUGGUUCCAUCAUUUGUUGGUCCACAUCCAGGAGGAGACAGCACCGGAAAAACGCGCAGUACCUAUAGCGCAAAAAGCCUUAGAACUGGACAACGUAAUGGGAACAGAAGAUGUUCUACGAGUGAGAGAUGUACCACGCACCCAACUGCAUAAGCAACCUUACAUGAAAAAACGGGCAACCGCUAACAUAUGGAUACUGCUCCUGGCAUUAGUCAUAGAACAGUGCGAGGUCGAAUGUCGUUUGCAGGAGACGGAGUUAUAUGUGGAUGACCUAUUGGCACAGCUCUGA